AAGAACAUUGGAUAGAACCUUAUUUCAUAUAUGAAGUACAAGGCAAAAAUUGCAAGUUAAGGAAUAUGGAUGAAAGAUUGGUUAAAGAUGCCACUUUUCCUAGGUUUAAAAUUCAAGAAGAAAAUUCAAAAAUGGUUACUUUAUAUGAUCUUAUAAGUCUUGACAUUUAG